CUUGGGGAGGAUUCUCCCCGACGCGCAGGACUCGCCCCGGACUGAGGUCACGCCCUGACCCGGCUGCGCCCGCCCCUUCCCGGCGCGUCCCCUGGUCUCCAGGCUGCAGCAGCCGGUGGACACCCGCGGGCACAGCGGCGCCCGGCCGCACUCCUCCUCCCGAGGGCGCCAGGCUCUGAGCGGGAGCCGGGGACCGAGGAGCCCCGGCCCAGACGGAGGGGAGGAAGGGGACGUGGCUUCCAACCCCGGCUCCGGGGCUCCAUGCCCUUCCCGCCGCCUCCCGCCCGGGCCCCGGGGGUCCCGGCCGCGCGUCCGUCGCCCCGCCGGCCCGGAGCCCCACGGAAGGCAGCUGCGCCCGCCCGCGCCCCGCCCGCCGCCCGGGAGAAGCUGCGGCCCGAGGCGUCGCCGUCCCGCUCCUGGCCCUCGGCCACGCUCCCGAGGCCCCCGGCCCGCCGCGCCCCGGGCCCGGCCCCUGCGCACGCUCCGGCCCCGCCUGACCCCGGCCGCAGCCCCGUGCGGACCGCGGGGACCGUGGGGACCGUGGGGCCCGCCGCCGCCGCGCGCUCCUCCCCGCGCCUCCCCCCCGAGGCCGCCCGCCCGGCCCAGCGGCGCCACCCGGAGAGGCAGCUGCUCGCGCGGCCCCGCCGGCCGCCCCUCUCGCCCGCGGCCGACGCCCGAGCCCAGGUGGCGGGUCCGCGCGGGGGAGGCGACCCCGGGGGCCUGGGCGCGCGCCGGCCGGUGGCCCCGCUGCUGCCCCGCGGCCCGCACACCCCCCGGCGGCCGGACCUGCGCCGCGCGCUCCCGGGGUCGCUGCUCAGCGCCCGGCACCGCGACCACGACGUGGAGGCCGCGGAGGAGGAGGCCGCGGCCCCGGACGAGGGGCUGGUCCGCAGGUGCACCGCGUGGCUGCAGGGCGUGGAGGCGGCGGCGGCCGCACGGGCCCUGGACGCGCUGCCGCACCUGAGCGCGCUGUGAGCCGCCGGCCCCGCCCCGCCCCGCUGCCCCGCACUCGUGCUCCAGGUGGGCCUCCCGGACGCUCUGCCCGGGGCCCCGGAGCAGGGCCUGGACGGUCGCCCGGUGCCCACAGCCGCACCUGCGCUUGAGCUCCACCUGGGCGACCUCGUGGGACACAGCCUCUCUGCGGUCCGCCACGCGUGUCCGGGGCUCCUGUGAGCCAGGAAGGAAGUCACCACACGGAGAAAGCUUAGCAGGAGGUCGAUUGCACAGAGGAGCAGCUGAUGGAUGGAGAAAGCCGGGAGUUGAGGGGUGGGGGUGGGAGGGUGGGCGUGUGAAAGCCAGUGACAGGCCUGGUGUUCGGUUGUAUGGAGUGAUUUUUGGAAAUAUUCCUAUUGAUUAUUCGGGUGAAGGGUAGACUCCUCCGCCUUUCAGGGCGCGCCCCUCCCUGCUGACUCUGGCCGAUUCCUGGGUGUUCUCUCCUUCAUCCGAGUACAUUAAACUCAUUUAAGGUUGAGAAGGAAAGACCGGUUUUAACCAGAUUAGGCUGGUUGUGGGAAAUAACAUUACCGCAGUUUGGCACUGACUUUGUAAUGUUUACUGGCUUAAUGUUUAUGUUGUUAGAUUUCAAUGUGUUGAAUCUCUUUUAAAAAUCGAUUGUUUUUAAGGAAAUAUGUUCUCUCUGAAAACAUGAGAGAGGGAGGGAGCGGGAGAGAGAUGGAAACAUCACUGACGGGCUGCCUCCUGCGCGCCCCCCACUGGGGAUCGAUGUGCCCUGGUCCGGAAUUGAACCCUGACCUCCUGGUUCCUGGGACGCUGGUGGGGCUCACGUCUUAAUUAUAUUUUACAUGGAAGCUUUCCAUGUUUUAAAACCAGUUUUAUAUUUUUCACGUGGAGAUCUUCGUGCUAAUCUCUCUCCCCACCCCCUCAGCACAAAUCUAGGUAGACAUGACGCGUUUAAUUCAGUGGGAGCUGGCGCAGCCCCCAGAGGAGCCGUGCAAACAACACCCCUUCACACUGAAUAGCUAUCUUUCCUGACCCCUCUGAGAGCCAAGAGCCACACUGCUUCUAACGGAACUGGACAUAUUAGCACCGGAGGCAGAGUGUGCGGUCCUGAGAGGCACCACCGAGACCCCUGUCCCGCGAGAGCUCUGCGUCCGGGGAGGGCUGGACUCUGGCCGUCACUGGUCACCAGCAGGCGGAGAGAACUGAGCUCUCGGUGGGCAGCGACGUAACAUGGUCUCAUUUGCAUGUAGUGUGAGGACUGAUAGCCAAGGGACCCGGGUUUGUGCCCAUCGUCACAGGAAUACAUUUCAGGGACUUCCCCAAAGUCAUGGCUUUGGGAGGCCGCCCGUCUCUGCUUUUGUGUGUCUCCCGUCCUGUCGCUGUUCCGGCACAUGGGCCCCGCCACUCGCGGGUCUGUCUCUGGGUCCCUGUGUUUUCCUUCCUUCCCGCGCCCUCUCUCUCCGGGUUCCCUGCCUCCCCCCCCCCAGCCCCCCGAACUCCACGGGAGGCCGGCCCGGCGCUCCUUGUUGCUCCGCAGGUGCCUGAGGCCUGUCCCCGUUGCUGCCGCCGUUCCAGGAGGCUCCCAGGUCCCCGUGUCAGUUCUCAGUGUUGAAAUAAAAGACAAGUCCGUGCCCGCUGUUUCUGUUUGAGGAAGACACUGAAGUCUGGCAGGAAGAGCG